UUAUUGACUGAUACACAUCAUAGAUAGACAUUGUAUACAAAUGGGUCAACACUGCACACAUAUGGAUUCUCUUUACACAUUAAAAUCAUACCAUUUAAUAACCAUUAACGCCAUAAGCAUAUGACUCUACUGGUCCAGUCACGUUUGCUAAUCAAACACAUUCCUUAAUACCUAUCAUACACACCCUUAAAACAUUAAAAUACCCAGUCAAAAUGCUGUCUUGUCCCAUUUCUGAUUCAAAAUCCCAAUACUUCAAUGUCACGUUAAAGGUAACACUGUGAUCAUGCAUAAUAAUUAGAAAUCACGCAGGUGUCAGUGAAUAAGCAUUUAACUUGUCACACGUGCUUACUGUGGCGCUCUGUUCCGGUCACGUGGUUAACAAACCCGCCGCCACGCUCUCCACAGCAACGACAUAAAGACGCCAUUACCGUUGCCUUCCAUUGACCUUUUCUUCACGACCGCGUCUAAAACGAUUUAGUGGUAAAAUAAUUAAUAUACAAAUCACAUAAAGAACACAUUUAAGCUAACGACGCUGCGGUUACUCGGUCCGACUAGAGAAGCAGACAAAAACAGUCACGGGGCUCACCGCGAAAUCUCACGGGCUCCGAGUCUAGAAUGCGAAAAUAAUUACGUUGGGUACAAAAUGGCGAAUGCUCUCUUUUCUUCGACAUGCGCAAACUGAGCAGAGCCUUUCCCUCUGAAAUGAAGAUCUGUUCCCAUACAUCCCUCCAGCCAAUGGGCUUCGCAGUCGGGACGCUUCUGAGUCAAUUCGACCAAUCAGAACCGCGGACAGCGCAGAACAGGAAACAGCUAGCCAAUCGGAGGCCAGGAUGGAUUUCUUCUAUUUGCAAAGAGUGAGAAUCAAAGAACACCAAUGAGAGCGCAUAAAUCGCAGCGCCUCUUUCGUACUGAGCAAUCGGGUUACGCGCUUCAGUCUAGCCAAUAGGAUUUUGCUUAGCGGGCAGCCAAUCGCAAUGCUCGGGAUUUGCCCACUGUGGCCCCGGCAGCCAAUAGGGAUCCGAGAAACACAACCUCAGCUCAACAGCUUGUUAUUUCGUCUAUGCCUUUGCGACCUAGUCGAAUGCUGAGCUGAAGCAGUCAUAUAGGAGCAUCAGUCAAAACCAAUCGAGCUGGACUCCCUCAAAUAGCCAUCAAGAUGAAGGUAGCAGAUGAGCCUGCCUACCUGACUGUGGGGACGGACGUGAGCGCAAAGUACCGUGGUGCCUUCUGCGAGGCAAAAAUCAAGACUGUUAAACGCAUUGUGAAAGUUAAGACUAAUCUCAUGACCAGUUCUGCAGGGAACAUUUUCAGUUUAACGCUUCUCUAUACCUUUGCUUUCCUUCCAGGGACACCGAUUAACAAACCUCCAGUGCUUGGCUACAAGGAUCUCAACCUCUUCAAGCUCUUCCGACUGGUGCAUGUUCACGGAGGCUGUGACAAUAUUGAAAGUGGCUCUAUUUGGAAACAGAUCUACUUGGAUCUUGGCAUCCCAGUUCUGAACUCUGCUGCCUCGUACAAUGUGAAAACUGCCUACAGAAAACAGUUUUCCACUUUGAAGCUAGUUUCUAUGUAUGUGACUCCUCAGGGCCGGCGGCGGUGUACGGUGACCCCUGUGAAAGUAGAGGCGAAAGAGCCUGUGAAGCAGGAGAAACCAAAGGAGGAGGAGACGCAAGGUGGAGGAGAGAACAGCGAAGAGGAGCAAAAGAAGAAAUCAGAUGGGGAGACCCCCGGGAAACGUCGCAGCUGCUGCCUUGAGGAGUCUGAUAAAGAUACUGAUGAUGAAGAACAGGAGGAUGAUGAAGAUGAGGAAGAAGAUGGUGAGAGAUCCAGACUCGGGGAUCGAGAUGAGAUGGAGGAGGAUGACUGCUGUGAGGACUCUGAGCAUUCUGUGACCGGCACUAAAAUCAAAGUGAGAUACGGCAAGGGGAAGACACAGAAAAUCUAUGAAGCCAACAUCAGGAACACAGAGACAGAUAAUGGAGAGGUUGUUUACCUGGUGCAUUACUACGGCUGGAAUAUUAGAUAUGAUGAAUGGAUCAAGGCAGAUCGAAUAAUAUGGCCUGUCGAUAAGGGUGGAACAAAGAGAAAACAAAAGAAAAAAGUGAAGAAUAAAGAAGAUGGCGAGGAGGAUAAACAGGCCAAACAAGCGAUACGUCGAGGUCGUCCUCCACUCAAAACCACCCCUCCCAGCACCUCCCGUAGUGUGUCCAAGACCCCCAGCAGCGAGGGUCGAUCCAGCAGCAAGACCUCAAGGCCCACAGAUGCCUCUACCCUGCCAAAUGGAGAGGGUACCCCUCGAAUGAGGAGAACUUCUGGGAUGUAUGAUUCGGAUAGAGGAUCUAAUGAUUCAGGGAACUCCUCAGAUGAUAGUGAGUGUGAGGAAUCUCCUGAGAAGAAGUUGGAAUGGACAGAGACAACCUAUCCACCCCCAACAGCAAAACAAGAGGCAGCUGACGAUCUCCCAGAGGAGAGCACAAUGCCAGAGCCUGCGCAGACUGAGCCUGAACUUCCCAGCAGUGCUCAGGAGAUGCCCAACUUCAAGGAGAGGGAGAGUAAACCUGAGGAAGACACAUCCCUGCUCCCUGUUGCGUCUGAUGACGGAUCUCCAAAACCGAGAGUGAAGAAACCUCGUUUGAAAGAACCAGGACCAGAGACUCCCACACAAACACUUGCCGCUGCUAAUCACACUCAGACAGAGCAACCCUCUACUCCUCUGCAACCUGCAAAUAUACCCCAGAAAAGGCCAUAUAGUCCUUUAGAGAGAACAACGCACGUGGAGAUUACCUCGGACACAGACUCUGCAACAGAGGACUUCGGCCCGUCAGAGCAAAAUGCCGCAGUGGAAUUCGAAUUCACUGAACGGCUAACACCAGAAAGGGUAGUCCACGUGGACAUAGAAGAAAUAAGAAUGCUUUCUCAAGUUAAAACGCCACCGCUGGAGAAGAAACCUGAUCCUGAGAAGAAGACUGAGGUGGGGCAGAAACCUGAGGAACACCCUUCUCCAAAAUUAUCAUCUCCCAGUAAAGAUAUCGAGAUGAAAUCUGAGAUGCCCGCUCUUACCAGAGAGGUGCACCUCAGGGUAGAACCUCCUUGCCCAGAGCUUGAGGAUCCAACAACAACCGCAAAUGAGGAAAUGAUGCCUCAAAUCGGCCCUGAAGCGCUGGUCUGCCAUGAAGUGGACCUUGACGAUCCAGAGGAGAAGGACAGGCCCUCUGGUGAAGAGUUACUGCUAAUGAUGAAGGAAGAGAGAACUCAACCUCUAGAGCCUUCCGACCAACUUCCUCAUGUCCUGGCUGCAGUGGGACCUCCACGUCUGUUUUCCCCAUCCUCUGCCCCCAGCCCGGACGAAUCUCACAGCAUUAAGAGUGAGAGCGACACCACCAUCGAAGUGGACAGUGUGGCAGAAUCACAGGAGGGGCUCGGGGAGAAUGAGUCAACUCAUAGUUUUGAUGCUAGUGCAAGUUCAAGCAAUUCUAGCAUCUCACUGCAGGAUCGAGAUGGAAAGGACAGAGGUCAGAAAAGGUUAUUGGAUUGCACUACUGGCUUGUCGGCCAAGAAGCAAAAACGCAGCCAGAAACGUUCAAGCGCUGCAUGUAAAACAGAGAAGAAUGGAGCAGGUCACAGUAGCGACAGUGAGGACCUGUCUGCCAUGGACAGCUCUAAUAAGCUAACCCCAGUCAAGCACUCCAGCCUACCCAAGAGCCAGAAGCUUUCUCGGUCACCCGGUCUGGUUUCUCCCAACAUUAAAGACAUGGAGAAAGACAAGCACAAAGAGAAGCAAUCCAUCCCUUCCCCCCGCACAUAUAAGUGGUCCUGCCAGUUGACUGAGCUGGACAACAUGUCAAGUGCUGAGCGCAUUUCAUUCUUGCAAGAGAAGCUACAGGAAAUCAGGAAGUACUACAUGUCACUCAAGUCUGAAGUGGCUUCCAUCGACAGGAGGCGGAAAAGGUUAAAAAAGAAGGAAAGAGAAGGCAUUGAUUAA